GUGGGGUUUGAUCAAUCUUGAAAUUGAAAUGGAAAGUACAACAGCAUCAGCACAAGGUCCAACACCACCAGCUGAGGAGUUGUUAAAAAAGAUUCAAGAAUUGGAAGCAGGACAUGCUCAAUUGAAGCAAGAGAUGUCUAAGCUAAUGAUUUGUGAUGAUCAUAGAACACAAAGACAAAGGUCACAUUCAAUUUCACCACAAAGACCGCCUCGAAUUCGAGCUGGUGGUGGAUUUGAUGGUGCCUGGAAAAGAGGGUCAACUUCAUUCAGGCAUUCUUCACCAUUGCAAAGAGAGAGUAGUAGUAAAGGUGAGGGAGGAGAGAGUAGUAUUGGUGGAGGAGGCCCUGCUGCUGUGAAAUUUACUGAUAGACAGUAUUUGAAUAUAUUACAGUCAAUGGGACAAGCAGUGCAUAUACUUGAUCUCAAUGGUCAAAUAAUUUACUGGAAUCGAACUGCUGAAAAACUAUAUGGUUAUUCUGCUGCAGAAGCUCUUGGACGAGAUCUCAUUGAACUCCUAACAGAUACUCGGGAUCAUGAUGCUGCUAAUAACAUUGUAUACCGAGUGUUAAGGGGUGAGAGUUGGACUGGACAAUUUCCAGUUAAGAAUAAGCAAGGGGAAAAAUUCGUAGUAGUUGCUACCAAUACCCCUUUUUAUGACGAUAAUGGUACUUUGCUCGGUGUUAUUUGUAUAUCGAGUGAUAUGAGGCCUUUCCAAGAAACAGGGCUCGAGUCGAUGGGAGUAAAGCAGUUGGAAGCUGAUACAAGAUUUAGAGCCAGAACCCUUGCUUCUUCCAAACUUGGACUUGAUCCUCAACAGCCCCUACAAGUUGCCAUUGCCAACAAAAUAUCUAAUUUGGCCUCAAAGGUGAGCAACAAGGUUAAAUCGAAAAUAAAGACGGGAGAGAGUAGCGUGCUUCGCGAAGGUGGAAGUGGAGAUAGUCAUUAUUCUGACCAUGCAUUUUCUGAUGCUGCUCUCUCAGAUCACAGGGAGGAUGCAAAUUCAAGUGGAGGUAGUACGCCUAGGGGAGACGUUCACCCUUCUCCUUUUGGAGUAUUUUCUGGGAAUGAAAGUGAGGGAAAACAAGGGAUUUCUAAGAUUAUCACCUCGAAGGCAGAGGCGUGGAUGGCGAAGAAGAGCUUAUCAUGGCCAUGGAAAGGUAAUGAGCGAGAAGCAUCAGAGCCAAGUACUACACGAUCUGUAUGGCCUUGGCUAAACAAUGACCAAGACAAUGAGUUAAAUCACAUUAAUACAUUUAAAGCAGACAAUCAGGUUAUUGAGACUAACCGGACAACCACUAAUGAAGCUCCAGGAUCCUGGUCUUCAAUUAAUAUCAACAGCACAAGCAGUGUUAGUAGCUAUGGAAGCAACGCCAGUAGUGCUGUUAAUAAGGUGGACAUGGAUACUGACUGCCUGGAUUAUGAAAUCUUGUGGGAGGACUUAACUAUUGGAGAACAGAUUGGAGAAGGAUCUUGUGGAACUGUUUAUCAUGGGCUGUGGUAUGGAUCAGAUGUCGCUGUUAAAGUGUUCUCCAAGCAAGAAUAUUCUGAAGAAGUGAUAUAUUCCUUCAAACAGGAGAUCGCCCUUAUGAAAAGACUUCGACAUCCAAAUAUUCUUCUAUUCAUGGGUGCUGUCACUUCACCGCAACGCCUCUGCAUUGUGACAGAGUUUCUGCCACGGGGAAGUCUGUUCAGGCUAUUACAGAAGAAUUCAUCCAAAUUAGAAUGGAGACGACGAAUCCACAUGGCUUUAGACGUAGCUCGUGGAAUGAACUAUCUUCAUCAUCUUAGCCCUCCUAUAGUUCAUCGCGACUUGAAGUCUUCAAAUCUUCUUGUGGACAAGAACUGGACUGUUAAGGUUGGAGACUUUGGUCUGUCACGUCUUAAACAUGAAACGUAUCUAGCAACAAAGACGGGUAAAGGAACGCCUCAAUGGAUGGCUCCAGAAGUUCUUCGCAAUGAACUUUCAGAUGAGAAGUCUGAUAUAUACAGUUUCGGAGUGAUACUAUGGGAACUCGCCACUGAAAAAAUUCCUUGGGAUAACCUCAACACAAUGCAGGUGAUUGGAGCUGUAGGAUUCAUGAAUCAGCGGUUAGACAUCCCAAAGGAUGUUCAUCCUCAAUUGGCUUCUAUUAUCGAGAGCUGUUGGCACAGUGAGCCACAAUGUCGUCCUUCAUUCCAAGAGUUGGUGGAGAAACUUAAGGAUUUGCUGAAGCAGUACGUUAUUCAGGCGCAGGCAGGACGUAGCAGCCAGAAGGAACAUUAGAUACAAAUAGCGGGCAUUUGUGGUUGAGUUUCAUCAGACGCAUUGCUAACUCUUCAAGAUUUUAUGGCUGUCGCAUGAAAGUUGGUCGUCAGUCAGAGCUCACGAACUGCUUGUGUUGUCGGAUUCUAUGUUCAGAGGCUAAAUGUUAGGCUUGCAGUCAAUUCAAAUGGAGAAAAAGCAGCUGCAUUUUACUGGAGUCAGAGUCGCUACUUGUCAUUAACUGACUAACAUGAGUCUUAACAUGAUUCUUCUUCGAUGAGUUCACAGUUUUGCAUUGGUUGUUAUCUUGUGUGAAGUGAAUUCGUCUGCAAAUCGUUGUGGGUUUUAUAUGGUUGCAGCAUUCAAAUAUUUUGUAUAUUGAAUGAGAAAUUAGCGUUCAAGUUGG